CAUCGUUUACUUCUAUCAUCGCCAUGUCUUUGACGCAGCAGAUUGAGACGCCUAGCGUCACCUACGAGCAGCCGCUCGGUUUGUACAUUGACGGCAAGUGGGUGAAGGGUGUUGAGGGCAAGACCUUCGAGACUAUCAACCCUACCACGGAGAAGCCAAUUGUCGCAGUCCACGAGGCUGGUCCAGAGGAUGUCGACAUCGCCGUCAAGGCUGCCAGAAAAGCCUUCGAGGGCGUCUGGUCCCAGACCCCUCCCUCUGUCCGAGGCGCCAUGCUGACCAAGCUGGCCGACCUCUUCGACGAACACUCCGACAUCCUCGCCGCCAUCGAGUCGCUCGACAACGGCAAGGCCCUCUCCAUGGCCAAGGUUGACGUCCAGCUCUCCUCGGGCUGCUUGAGAUACUAUGGUGGAUGGGCGGACAAGAUCCACGGCAAGACCAUCGACACAGACCCAGAAACCUUCAACUACACCAGACAUGAGCCAGUCGGUGUUUGCGGUCAGAUCAUUCCGUGGAACUUCCCUCUUCUCAUGUGGGCCUGGAAGAUCGGACCUGCUUUGGCCACCGGUAACACUGUUGUUUUGAAGACUGCCGAGCAGACUCCUCUGUCUGGUUUGUAUGCCGCCACCCUCUGCGAGAAGGCCGGCUUCCCAGCCGGUGUGGUCAACAUCAUCUCCGGCUUUGGCAAGACCGCAGGUGCUGCCAUUGCCAACCACAUGGACAUCGACAAGGUCGCCUUCACCGGCUCGACCGUCGUUGGCCGCACCAUCCUCCAGUCUGCUGCCAAGUCCAACCUGAAGAAGGUCACCCUCGAGCUCGGUGGCAAGUCUCCCAACAUCGUCUUCAACGACGCCAACCUUGAGGAUGCUAUCUCCUGGGUCAACUUCGGUAUCUUCUUCAACCACGGCCAGUGCUGCUGCGCCGGUUCCCGUAUUUACGUCCAAUCCGGCAUCUACGACAGAUUCGUCGAGGCCUUCAAGCAACGCACCGCCAAGAACGUCGUUGGUGACCCAUUCAAGCAGGAGACCUUCCAAGGUCCUCAGGUCAGCAAGCUGCAAUUCGACCGAAUCAUGAGCUACAUCGAGUCCGGCAAGGAGGCUGGUGCCAAGAUCGAGACCGGUGGUGAGCGCCACGGUGACCAGGGCUACUUCAUCAAGCCCACCAUCUUCUCCAACGUCAGCCCAGACAUGAAGAUCAUGCAAGAAGAAAUCUUCGGCCCCGUCUGCGCCAUUAGCAAGUUCGAGACCGAGGAGGAGGUCAUCAAGGCCGGUAACGAGACCACCUAUGGUCUUGCCGCCGCCGUCCACACCACCAACCUGAACACCGCCAUCCGUGUUGCCAACGCCCUGAAGGCCGGUACCGUUUGGGUCAACAACUACAACAUGCUCAGCUACCAAGUGCCUUUCGGUGGUUUCAAGGAGUCUGGUAUUGGCCGUGAGCUUGGCAAGUAUGCUCUCAGCAACUACACCCAGGUCAAGUCGGUCCGUAUCCGCCUGGGAAGCGCUCUUUUCGGUUAG